CAUUGAACUACCGACAACCAGGAAGUUGCAAUCGAACAUACCUAACCAAGAUGGCGAAAUUGUUGAAUGUGCUGUUGUUUAUCGGCUCGGUGGUAUUGAUACUAAAAAUCGCAGUCGUGGUUUACGUGCCGAAUCUAAUCAGCUACACACUAUGCAUAUCGAUGACUGAUUUGAACAAACUCAUGGGUAGUAUGGCAUCCAUGUCAGGAACACAGAUGAGCUUACCUGCAACGGUCGAAUCGAACAGCUCACCGUGUGAUUUUCAAGUGAGUGUGUCACUUGGAAUUUGGCGCUGUUGGAUGGAAUCAACAGCCCCAAAGGAAGUCGCAUGGGGAGGUUUCUACUCAACGCUUGGGGAUGACAUUAAAUACGGAUUUCAGCUGAUGACACCUAUGUUAGACAAGAUGGGUGUCGGUAAAAUGUUGUUUGGAGACAAAGCAGGAGACGCCCUUACAGAUCUAGUGGGGACUGUGGCCCUUCGUUUCGAGAUACAAGUGACUCUGGCUUUGGUGUUUGCCGUCAUCGCACUUAAGACGUCAUCUGUAAGCAUGCGUGAGAAAGAAGGGCUGAUGGAACCACUGAUCGUCACCUGUUCAGCUCUGAGUCACUUGGUCGCAGCCAUACUGCUGGGCGUCACACUAGGUGCAUAUGCGCAACAACUGCAUCAGAUGUCGCGUUUGGGAGACAUAUAUACCAUGAUGAAGGUAACGGAUCAAGGCUACGGAUUUCUGGUGUUGGGUUUUGUAGCAGUGCUUGUCUCCAUCUUACUCGCAGUGACACAUCUGCUGGUGUUGGUCUCCAAUCUGAAGAAGCAAGAGGAGAGAAAGCCGGAUGUGGAGUACAACCUUCUUGUGCAAAAUGAGGACUCGCCCUGAAUGCUGCUUGUGAACUGUAUGCUAUAUACAUAAUGUUAAUUUGAAGUGCAGAAAUCGUAAUCGAAUGUAAACGUCAAUAUUUUUAGUUUGCUGUUAAACUGCUAAACUACGUUAACACAAAUAUAGAUAGAUUUGCAUGGCAUCGUAUUCGGAUAAUCCAGUUAUUAUGAAUAAACGUUUUAGCUUACAAAAUGUACCAUGGUUGAAAGCUAUAUAGGUUUUAUAGAAUCGUCCCCUACAUUGAAGAUUUGACAGAGAAAUAUCCUACCCUUUGGAUGAACAUUUGGUGAUCCAACUCUCGGCUAAAGGGAUACACAACCAAAUCGUCAUCCCGAGGGUUGAACAUUUCUCUGUUCUACCUUCAAGAUAUGUUAGACUUAUUUUUUAUUCUAUUAUAUUUCCUACUUAUGGUAUGACCUCUUGCCGUGGUAUGAUUACCGACAUUUAAGUAUAGUUUGCUGAAUUUGAUGGUUUUAUUUAGGUAUAUUUCUACAUUUAAUGUCCAGCUAUUAUAAUUUGAAGUUUUUACUUUUAGUAUAACGAGACGGUGAUGUCCUUUUUACAUGGUAUAUUUAUUGCUAAAUUGGUUCAGUAUUGAACAAAAUAAAUGUCUGCUACAAGAUGGUUACCGCACAUCUUGAUAAACUAAUUUGGAAUUAAUUUACAUAUGUGUCACGAAGCAUACACCUGGGCCCGUAUUCAUGAAACCGUUCUCAUGCUCAUGCACAGAUUCUGUGCUCAAGCUUUGAAAAAAGUUUCAUGAAUACAGGCCCUAAUAACAGUUUAUUACUCUGAAUUGAAACUUUAAUAUGUCUAUUAACAUUUUCGAAAUAAUUGCAUAUUGAAUAACACUCCGUGUAUUGUAUUCCAUGCUUGUAUUAACACCACAUGUAGACUCAAUAUGUUGCUUACUUAUCAAUGCUUUCGGUUUAACUCAUUCACCCCUGAAGUUUUAUAAUUAACUAUUCCAACCUUUGAAUUAGAAGAAAUCAAAUCUUCCUUCAUGGGUGAAUGAGUUAAUAAGAAUUUUGUGUAAUUUUGUUUCUACAUUUAUGUACAUGUGCGCAUCAUGAUAAAAGAGAAUCUGAAACGUGUUUCAAUGUUUAUUGACAAUUAUAAGCUCACUAAAGUAACUAUUAUCAAAACGAUGCUGUGGAAACUCGUUUGGGUAUCUCUGUUAUGUCUAAAUGUCUUUACAUAAUUAUACUGUAUUCACCUUUAGAUAAAACUUAAAUGUACAUAACAUGUAUCGCAUUUGGCUGUUUGUUAAUUUGUACGAUUUACCACUAACCUAUGCAUUUCGUGUUUUUUCAAUAAAGAUAACACCAAUUUAA